AUGUCGAAUCAGCCCAACGGUGACUAUGAUGGCAACCAAAGGCCCAGGCGGAACAUAACAGGCCCUCAGUCGGCCUUGACAGACUUUCUUGCUUCACACAACAUUUCGGCCCAGCAGAUCAGAGAUUCGGCCGAUCAGCGGAGACAAGCUGCAAUCCAACAGGCGCAGGAGAACGGAGGAGGGGAGAACCCCGAGGCAGCGGAAGAAGUAGAGACAAGUCCAGUCCAGGCCAGGAGAAGCUCGCGACGGCAAUCAGCAGUCAAUGCUGGCGAGGCAAACGCUCAGGCGGCCAAGGAGAAGACGAUAGAAAAGAGUAAAGGGGGCAGGGCGUUGAAGAAGCGCAAGAAGGGAGCAAAUUCCGACGACAAUUCCGACGAUGAGAUCGCGCGGGCCCUGUUCAACGAGAGGCACGCGCCGCUGCCGGGACAGAUGGGGAACUGCGCCAUGUGCGAUAAGCGCUUCACCGUGACCCCUUACUCGGUGGCCGGACCGGAUGGAGGUCUCCUCUGCGCGCCGUGCGGACGAGAGGUGGCCAAGGAGCGGCAAGGCCAGCAACCCAAGAAGAAGAAGAAGCCAACGCCGGCGCGCCGCCAAACCGGCGGGAUAGGCGCAAGGCGAGCUGUGCAGAGCCGGCUACUGGAUGGCGACGUGGGGGCCAAAUCGCUGUCGACCCUCUGCGUGCAGACGCUGGCCAAGAACGUGGAUAUGGCCGAGAGCUUGGGAGACCUUCCCGAGCACCUGGUGGACAAGAUCGCGCGCAUCUUCUCGAAGCAACGGCUCCUGCGGGCGGAAACGCUCCCCCUCUUCGUCCAACCGGGGACGGAGAUGGUGCACAUCUACGACGGGGCGCGGCUGAAUGAGCGAGAUCUGAUGAGCAUCUUCCAGGUGACGGGUUCGCACCUGCGGCGGUUCAAGGCGAAGUGUGCCAUACAGUUCAAGGAUAGCGUCAUGGACUACGUGCUCUCGCGCGAGGCCAUGCAACUCGAGAGCUUCUACCUGCACGGAGCCAACCUGCUGAGCGAGGAGAAAUGGCAUCAGUUCCUCCGCGCCAAAGGCGGUCCCCUGCGCACUCUGCAGGUCUAUUAUACCGACCGACAUUUCGGCGACGAGACCGUAGGCGUCAUCAAGACGCACUGCCCGGCCAUCGAGAAGGUCAAGAUUGAGAACAACCAAAAGGUCGGCGACGCUGGAGUCCGCACCCUCGCCGAGAUACCCACCCUCCGGCACAUAGGCCUGCGGCUGCGGCACAGCCUGUCGCCAUCGGCCAUCAGCCACGCCGUAACCGGUGUGGGUGCCAACCUGGUCACCCUGUCGCUCAAUGCGGUUCCUCUGGCUGACGACAACGUACUGGCGGCCAUCCGCACGCACUGUCGUCGCCUGACCAAGCUGCGCAUCACGGAGAGCGAGCACAUGACCGACGCCGGCUUCGCCGGGCUCUUCUCGGGCUGGCAGAACCAGGCGCUCGAGUUCCUCGACCUCGAGAAGUGCCGAUACGUGAGCGCCUCGAAGCCGCGUGACAACGAGGACCACGUCGGUCUCUGCAGCCGAGGGUUCAAGGCUCUCAUGGCGCACUCGGGCAGCGGGCUGCGCAAGCUCAACGUCCACGCAUGCCGCAACAUCUCGCGCCAGGCCUUUGAGGACGUUUUCGGGGGUGCCCAGCUCUAUCCGGAGCUCAGGAAGCUCGAGAUCAGCUUCUGCGAGGAGGUUACCGACUACAUACUCGGCUGCAUCUUCCGCUCCUGCCCCCGUAUCAGGGAGGUCAACGUGUUUGGGUGCAUGAAGGUCAAGGACGUGCGGGUGCCGCGUGGCGUCAUCCUCGUCGGCGUUCCUAAUGCCCAGGGCAUGGUGACGGAAGGGGUGGAUUGA